AUCGCAGCCGAUCAAGUAAACCUUUCAUUAAAUAUUCGUCUUCAUUGUAUUUUGAUAAUCUGUGGAUCUGUAACUAUAUUUUUGUGAAGCCAUGUUGUUCCCCUUCCUUGUCCUGUGUGGAUUGUUUGUUGCACAAGCUUCCCCUUUUGUCGACCCUCUGCCUUCAGCUCUAAUUGAGCCAUUUUCCACGUCAAUUCGCUGUCCUCCAACCAAACAGUUCAAGUGGACGCGAUCGGACACUAGCGGGCUCGACAUCGUGUUUUAUUACACAUGUGGGCAAGAUGAAGAAAUGUCUCAAACUCUUCACUGCACCAACGGCUACAAGGCUCAAUACAGAAAGGACCUCAUUCCAGACGCCAUGAGAAAAGCCGCCAUUCCAAUGGCCAUGAAGAAGGGUUUUAUCACCGGACUAGAUCAGGAGCCUUCAUUCGGACUUUUUUCAACAGGGCCCGACUACAGCACGAAAAAUGGAGCCGUGGUGGUCUUCGCAUGUCUUAAUCCAAACAAAUAAAGGGGAUGUCUACCUGACAUGCAUGACUACUAUUAACUAGCGCAUGGGACCUGCGCACGCAUGAUUGCUAUUGACCAGUGCGCGUGACCAGAAAUCAAGUUAGACCGUUAGUUACCGACAUAGGCUCCGACGUAGAAGUCUUGUUUUUGUUUUAUUUUUGAUUAGUAUUAUUCUACGUGUAAAACUCUUUCGACAUCGUUACAAUAACCAUUAUAUUUGUAGUUUGUACCUUCAGGUACUGGUUGUACAUGUGAGCAUAUUUAAUGCUCGGGGUUUGAGAAUAAAAGGAAUCAAUUAGACUGUUUCGUCUUAACAAUUAAUUUUUAGCGUACAGUCAAGUUGAAAUCGUUGCCACAAAAUAGCACGUUGACCGACAUACUUUAUCCCUUGUCAUAUUCAUUAACAAAGAGUAUAGGCCAUUUGCUGCGAGUUUGGCCACGUUUUGAAAAGGGUAAAGACAGCUACCGGCGUCUCCUUCGCCUCGAACCUUUCCCCUCCAUCCUCCCUCCCUUCAGCCAAUCCAUUAUAACGGUGCUUUUGUCACCUCAUAGCCAAAAAGGUACCGGAUUAAGUCCUACUAGCUGGCUGCUGAUUGAUUUGUUUUGGCAGCUUACUAUCGAGUCGUGUAAUUAAAGUCUCAGAAAAAUUCCCGGUAUCAGUUAACCAGUUAAAACGCACAGUUGCUUAAAGCACGAUGGACAGUUUUUGUUUUUUGAUUUACCGUCUUUCAUAUUUUACAUAUUCCACCAUCUUACAUUUGAGGAGUUAAUUUAACUAUCUGGAAAGCUUUGUUGGAUC